CAGCAGCGGUAGAGGCAGCAGCGGUAGAGGCAACAGCGGUGGUGGUGGCAGGUAGAGGCAGCAGCGGUAGAGGCAGCAGCGGUGGUGGUGGCAGGUAGAGGCAGCAGCAGCAGGAGCAGGAGGAGGAGCGUCAGCAGAGGCAGGAGGGGAGAGGGAUGAGGGAGAGCGCGCCUGACGUCACCCCGUCACGUAAGAGGUGUGAGGGGUGAGAGGCAGGGCUGUGGUGGUGGCACCGAGUGUCCUCUCACCUGCCCUCGCGGACGCACCACACUCCUCACCUGCCUCGCCUCACCGGUCCGAGCAGAGAGGCAUCACCUCUCACCGGUACGAGCAGAGAGGCAUCACCUCUCACCUCUACGAGCAGAGGCAUCACCUCUCACCUGUGCGAGCAGAGGCAUCACCUGCCUCGCUUCACCGGUCCGAGCAGAGAGGCAUCAUCUCUCACCUGUGCGAGCAGAGGCAUCACCUGCUUCGCCUCACCGGUCCGAGCAGAGAGGCAUCAUCUGUCACCUGUACUAGCAGAGGCAUCACCUGCCUCGCCUCUCCUGACUGCCUCUCCUGCUUUUAGUGUUAUGUUUUCACUCCAAGUGUGACAACGUCAGUUUAAACCACCGUCCAGUUCACACACCUGUCGGAGAGACACCUGCCACGGGAUGCAGGCGCCGGCCGUCCUCCCCAGCUGCGUAGUGCCGUCGGCGUUUGCUACAGGGUACUGCAGCUUCCAGCAGUACCGGCACCCGCAGUGCCAGUGGCACCAUGGCCACAGCCCGCAGCUGGGGACCAAAUCUCCAGUCCCACCGCCGCCAUCCUCGCAGUACACACAAGGAAAGAGUGGUGGGAAGGAUGGAGAGGAGAAGAAGAAGGGCGGGGAGUGGGAGCAAUAUAACGCAGGGGCGGCCUUCCUGGGACCAACCCUCUGGGACAAGACGCUCUCCUACGACUCCGAUCUUAAGGUUUCGCUGGAAUAUAUGGACCUUGAUGAGUUUCUGAAUGAAAAUGGUAUUCCUGCUGAGGAAAAUGUUAAAGCCAGUGUAGGAAACUGUAAUGGGAGCAGCAAUGAAAAUGCUGAUAAUCCAAACAGCAGCAUAAACAACAGCAGCAGCAGCAGUAGUAACAACAGCAGCAGCAGCAACACCAGCAGUAAUAGUAGAAAUAGUAACAACAACAGUAACAGCCUUUCUCCGGAGGUGCCAUCCUCUCCCGAGAACCCUCAUAUGGGCUCGGGUAUGGGUGUGGUACCCCAGGUACCAUCAGGCUUGAGCGGUGCUGCACCUGCUGCUCCCAUCAUUGUGGCUCCCCCCGCCCUCUCUCCUCAAGACUACUCCGGGGAUGGUUAUUCUUCCUCCCCAGAGUCUCCUGACCCACUCUCUCCGUCCCUUCAGGUCCACGAACCAGACAAGACUCGAGCAAGUCAGGGGAGAGAGAUAGUGUCUGUAAGACUGAAUACUAAGGAUGAUGCCCAUGUCCUCAACAAUGUUUCUGGAGCCACGGCCCAGCCACCACCUGGUAACGAUAAAUUCGUGCCCUGCAUUGACUUCAACAUAUCUCCUAAUGAUUUAGCCCUUGCUACAGUACCUGGACAGGACUUUGACCCACGAACUCGAUGCUUCUCGGAGGAGGAGCUCAAACCUCAGCCCAUGAUCAAGAAGAGUCGCAAACAGUUUGUUCCACAUGAAUUGAAGGAUGACAAAUAUUGGGCACGACGUCGGAAGAAUAAUAUGGCUGCCAAACGUUCUCGAGAUGCGCGAAGGCUCAAGGAGAAUCAAAUUGCUAUGCGGGCUAACUUCCUAGAGAAAGAGAACUUAGCACUGAGAAUUCAAAUGGAGAAAAUGGUGACGGAGGUGGAUUCUCUGAGAAGUCGUCUCAGCAAGUACGAAGACGUGCAAGGACUCGAGCUGACUAGCGUGCAUGAAACUCACUCAGGACGGGCUUUGCUCACUAGGCCCUGUUUGCAUUAGCAAGUUUGAGUUUUAGGGUAGAGUAACACAAACUAAUUCAUUUAUCCUUGAUCUUGGAUUAAUAAAUUAGGUCCAGAGCAAGCUAUAGUGUUUAAUUGCAUAAUUCAUUAGAGACUUGAAUGAAGAUUUAGUAAAGUUUACUCUUUGUGAGUUGACGGUGUUUUCAGGCUAGCAUAAAUUGAUGUAUUAUUAAAGCAAAUUUACAGCACAAUAUGCCA